AUGCUACGUCAUGUUCGCAACGUUGAUCGCAGCUUACAUGUGGACUCGUAUCCCAAACUCUACUAUCCCGAGCUGUAUCUGAUCGAGGGUGGCUACAAGCACUGUUUUGAGACACUGCGACACGAAAUCUGUGCACCUUUUGCAUUGUACGUGUCGAUGGCAGAUAAACGGUUCACUGAGAUGUGCCGCCGCGAAUUUGCCAUUUGA